AUGUUAACUGUAAUGCUGUUUGUGUAUUUUUCUACUGUUAGUUUUUUUAAACAGGAUAAUAUACGUUCAGCGUUAGACCAGGCAAAAAUUGCUGGCACAGAAGCUAGAAAGUCAAGGUUUAAGAUGUUGUUUUCGUUGUGCGAUGAAAAAGAAUCUCGAAAACGAAACACCAGGACAUCAAGAACGCAGGCGGCUGCUUCAAAACAUGUCCAGUCUUCAGACGAAAGUGAUGAGGAAGAAGAAUCUGUCAAACCAAAAYAAGCAAAACGAAGAAAGAAAAACAAUUCAUCUGUAGAAUCUGACAGCGAUGAGUAACAGACCACCUCACCCCUCAACCAAUGAACAACAGCCCCACCUUCCUUGAAUCAUAGAAGAAUAUCUUUAGAUCUCCUAGACGCGCCCUCCAGUCAAACAGGCCCAUUAGAAAUGAUUUAUCCACAAGGGUGACUGAUGGUGCUGUUUUUAUUUGAAAAGAUUGGUCACUAUUGUAAUACUGGUUAAUAUAAUAAAAUUAUUGCUAGGCCGAUUA